CCCUGUUGCAACACGUUUCAGUGCGCGCAAAUUUUCGAAUGAUUUUUGAAUAAUACUAGACAUCAUUGACUUGGAAUUUUCAUUUUUAACCAGAUAGCAACCAUAACAACCUUUCCUACUGUGAAUAUUACGUGAACCGUAAAUAAAAGAUUAUGGAUUCACCUUGUCACGGAGGAAAAUCCAGCAAUGAAAAAGAUUCCAAAAUCGAUUCAGAACGUCCUGUCAAACGAAAAAUGCCUGUUGUUGGCGAUUUCAAAGUUCUCAAACCUAUCAGUCGAGGUGCUUUUGGGACUGUGUACAUUGGCCACAGGAGAGACAAUCCAGAUCGCCUGUAUGCAAUCAAAGUGGUCAAGAAGUCUGAUAUCAUCCACAAAAACAUGGUUCAUCAGAUGAUCACAGAAAGAGAUGCAUUGGCACACAUCAGAAGUCCAUUCUGUGUGCAGCUCUACUAUUCUCUUCAAGACGCAACCAGAGUCUUCCUUGUGAGUGGAACCACGGCUCUACCACUAGCACUUGCUCUUGAUUACCUGCACAGACACGGUAUUGUGCAUCGUGAUGUCAAGCCUGACAACCUCCUCCUGGACAACAAAGGACAUUUGAAGCUCACAGAUUUUGGCUUGAGCAAAAUUAUCCUUGCCAGUGAGGAGCAGCUGGAAAAGUUGACAAACUUCACCCCAAACCCCGCAUCUCGGGGCGCCAACGCUGCCCGCUACGCUAGAACCCCCGGCCAGAUCCUCUCCCUCACCUCCCAUCUCUCCUUCAACUCGACCGUCACCAGUCCAGCGUUGACGACGCCGGGCUCGGAGCGUCACACGACCGUCCUCGCCGCUCGCCAGGCUGGCUCUGCAGACGCAACUUCAGCAGACAACCUCACGGCGACACCGCUCACAGCGAUACACGACAAAGAUAAAACUCUUGUGAAGCGUCACGUCUUUUCAGCGGUUUCUGAGUCUGUUGACGCCAUUUCUUCUCGAGAAACACCCACAUCGUUCGAAGGCUCAGUGCUGCGUGCGUCGCAGUCCUUGGCGAUGACUCAGCGCCGUGCAGCUCUGGACCUCGGCGAGAGUCCCGUGACGGCAGCAGCCCAAGAAACUCGCCCUCAGCACCAGGGCUCGCUCCUUAACGCGUCCUGCCACACAGCAGCAAGCAACGUCCGAGACCUCAUCUGUGGAGACGCCAGCAGCACGCUCUGUGACACUCUCAUGGAGUCAGAAGUGUCGUGUGUCGCUACUGAGGACGCGCAAGUGCUCAGUGACGGCAAGAAACACUUAGAAAUAGUUGAUAUAACCAAAGAGGACAGAAAAGUUUCCUGUGAAGCCAAAGAAAAUGUUGACCCUUGCAACGAAUCUUCAAUUAUGAGCCGACAAAAUGACUUUUCCAAUGAACAUUCAUCUGAGCCCUCGACAGUCGUAAAUGUUUGGGAUCCAACAAGAAAUGUGUUUGAUUUUACAGAGCCAAACAAUGUGAUGUGCGUUGACAUUCGUAAUUCUCCAGUACAAAAUGAUGAAUCCACCGAAACCUCUGCUGCAGACGCACCAAAACCGCCAUCAGAGGACGCUUCAAAAACCGGUAGUUCUCCCGAUAAGUCGGACGAUUUUGAGUGUCCUGCAACUAAUUCCACAGCCGUUGAUGAUGCCGAACCAUGCCCAGGUUUUGUGCCCUCAAAAAUACAUCCACGUUUGCGAGUUCUAUCGCGACUGACCGACAACGUAUCACCGGUGGGCCGAGCCUUCCAUGCAAAUGUUGAUAUUAGUUCAGGUAUUACGACGAGCUCGCCGAUCUUGCAGAACAAGUUUUUGCAGAAGCUUCGUGAUGGUGGCUUAAAAACAAGCUCUCCGAUACCCAGUCAGACUCUUGCAGAAAGCAGCACUCCGCUGUCUUGCUCGGUAGCCUCUCACAAGACUGGUGAUAGCGGUAUUGUUGUGUCUGCAAUUGAAGGCAAUCAUAAUUUCAACUCAAACCUAUUCAAGGACAUCUCGACCAUCGAGAAGAGAGAAGAAUCUAACGUCAGUUUGAUGAUGGAGCAAGAAAAUCAUCCUGCGGUCGCCCAAUGCAUUGGUAGUGAAUGUCUUUCCUUGGAGCAAGAUAAUAGACAGAAUCACCCAGAUAGGACCAAAGAAUUUUUGGAGAACCAGUGCGACGGUCAGAAUUCUGGAAUUUCGCCUGAAAAGGCAGUUGAAGCCGAAGCCUCUAAGGAUGUUUUUAAAACCCCAUGUAUUGUUAUCCGAGGGCGUAAGCGCUGCAUUUCAACCAAUAAUAAUCAAAGUAAGUGCUUUCCUCCGGCUAAAAAAGCGAAUUGUGUACUUUUUGAUGCUCAGACACAAGUUCUUAGUGACGCAUCUCAUGCCCAAAACUUUCCAAACAGUUCUUCGAAGUUAACACCGCGCUCGGAAGAAAAUUCAACCAACUUGCUCAAAUGUGAUCCUAUGAUGGAGGGUUUGAAAGAAAGUAAAAUUCAGCCCUCGCAUAUUUCGCCCGCUCAAACUGGCCUAACGGGCGUAUUUAGUGCGGCAAACCUUGAUACAUCGUCCAACUCGUCAAGAAAUGUGAAGCUUGACUGUGAACCUACGAUCUCAGGCUGCGUUAGCAUAGAGCAACAAACACUAGACUCUUCGUCUAAUAAUAUUUCCUCUGACUUGAUGAAGGCUACUGAGACUAUCAAUUCUCUAUCAACUCCUGCUGUUGAAACUGGAAAUACUUCUCAGACUCCCGUGAACCAAAGCAAAAUGAUGCCAAUGAAUGUGACGCCCAUGGAAGGAAGCGGCAAGGAAGAUGAUCAAAUGCAAUGUGAUGAUCUGAACGCGUUACUACAUUCACUUACGCCACAGGGGCGUGCCGAAGAACGGACUCACAGUCUCGAUGAUGGUUCGGGCGCGCUGAAAUGUUCAGCGAGUUUAGAGUCUUGCGAUGCCACGAGUCCUGUGGCGAGACCGCUUCGUUUUGGGAGAGUCAGGUCAUGGAGCAAACUUCUCAGUCAAGAAGAAGACGAGCCAAAGAUCAAGCAUUGCUUCAGCGAGCCAAAAACCACGAAGCCAACUGCGGCAUUCCGCCUUCGGGAGGCGGAGCUUUAUCCUUCGCUAGCUAUUACGAGCAACUCUGCCGGGGCGGCAUUUGCCUCAAAUCCAAACGUGCCUUCUUCAGGUACCGGAGGAUCUACACAAGCCGCUGCAUCAGAAAAUGUAGAGGAUGUGCCCGUUGGGCAGAGAUUUAAUACGGGAUCUAUUGUUGAUGGGGAGUGCACCACUGCCGUCCCCGCGACCGCGUCCGACGACGAAGUAUUCUUUGCCGAUACAGAGGCCGCAAAUGUGACGCGGGUGUCCCGCAAGUCCAUCGCUGCUCUUGCAGACAAAGAAGUGGUGCGCUGGUACAGUGAGAGCGAUCUGCCUCUGGACGUGACUUGCGUGAACAGCUCCCACGUGCACGUCUCUGGAACGACGUGUGAUGUCACCGCCGUCAACACCAGCACCGCCGCCACCUCCGUCAUCUCACAGCCCUUCCACAGCUUCCACACUCCUGCCAGAAAUGUGAGCUGUACGGACCUGCAUCGAACGCCGCCAUGCCUUGCUGGAGGCCCCACGCCCCGCCGGCCCCCCAAGAGCGUCAGGAGAGGCAGGGCUCCUCAAGACAUCCCUCCUGGGGAGAUCAAACCUGAAGACCGCAUCUUAGGCACUCCUGACUACCUCGCUCCUGAGAUCCUCCUCAGGCUGGCACAUGGCCCCAAAGUGGACUGGUGGGCUGUUGGAGUUUGCCUGUUUGAAUUCCUGACGGGUUUACCGCCCUUCAACGACGAAAACCCAAAGCUAAUCUUCCACAACAUCCUCAACAGAGACAUCAUGUGGCCGAGUGACCACGAGAGCUUGUCACCAGAAGCCAUGCACGCCAUAGACCGCCUGCUGGCAUAUGAGCCUCAGCAGCGCGCCACGCUCGAGGACCUCAAGAAGAUGUCCCUCUUCAGCCACAUCUCGUGGCACAACCUCCACGAGCAACCCGCGCCCUUUGUGCCCCAAGUAGAAAAUGCCCUCGACACUUUCUACUUCUCUGCUCGCAAUGCCGCUCAAGACUUGGACGUUGCAGCGAUGGAGGAGUUUUAGCUCUUCUGCCACAACGCCUCGAUUUGCCUAUGAAUAUUUCACUGCGUAGACUCCUUUUAAGCGCUUGUAGAACUAUUUUAGUGCCCACAUCUUGUCUCUGAAGUACAAUAUAUUCUAUUUUCAUCUGACUAAUUUUCAAUUUAUUGCUCACAUCUGGGUUAAUGCGUUUGUGCUCCAUUUUGGGCCCGCAUCGACCAUUUGUUAUGAAGCACUACGGGUGGGGACCUAAGAAGCUAACAGCUUUUUUUGUAACUAGAAAUUAUUUUAUUAAAUUUUUGUGUUAAAGUUCUAUCAUUAUCUGUACGCGUUAUUGUGCUGUAUUGUGUCAGCAGCACUUUCUGCUUUGUUGAAACAGUUUUAAUUCAUAUGAAUUCGUUCCUGAUUCGUUCAAAAAUUCGUAAACAUUUCUAUGUGAUCAUCAACGUUGUUUUAUAUUGAAGUUUGUGGAUCUGAUUUUCCAAAUCAAUGAACUAGUACGGAAAUGUGCCAGGCUGAUAUGAAGCUCUCUUCUUAUAAACGUAUUUAUCAAAAUUCAAAGAAGUUAGUGGAUAUGAUCGCAGCUAAAAAGCUAAAAAUUGGUUUUUACUUCAGUUUGAAUGCGUUUAUCUAUGUAAAGGAAUGUGAAAUGUAGGUCAACUGUGUUUUUAUUCUCCAUUAACAUCGAAAAAUUCAUUUUAUUCUCUUGCUAAUUAUGCUCGUACCAUACACUCGAUAUUAUGAGGGCAUUUCAGAGUAAAAUUGUUCUUUUGUC